GAUCUGACCACCACAAGAGUUUAUCUCCCCUCUUCCUACUUCCUCCUCAGAUCUUCAUCUCUCCCCUUUCACGGAUCCUCUGUUUUUUUGCUCUGUUUUGAGAAGAUGGGUGUUGAGGUUGUAAAGUCCGGUGGAUUUGAGGUUGCUCCGGCUCCUUUUGAAGGAAAGCCAGAGACUAACGGGAAGGUUGCGGAUAAGGUCGCCAUCAAGUUCGGUUCACACGGUGAGCAACCGCCAAAGAAAGCUGAGGAGAGUAACAACAAGAACAAUGUGAAGAUCUCUGAUGUACCAAAAGAUGCAGCGGAAGAGUGGCCUGCUGCUAAGCAGAUCCGCUCUUUCUACUUUGUUAAAUACCGUCAUUUCGAUGACCCCAAGAUCAAAGCUAAGCUUGAUGUAGCUGAUAAGGAGCUUGAGAAGUUGAACAAGGCCCGGAGUGCAGUUUAUGAGCAGUUGAAAGCUAAGAGGGCGGAGAGAUCUGAGUUGUUUGACCUGUUGGACCCGUUGAAGACAGAGCGUCAAGGAUACAACACCAAGUUUGAUGAGAAGAAAAAGGAGAUGGAGCCAUUGCAGCAAGCUUUGGGGAAGCUAAGGGGUAAUGAUGGUGGAAAUGCUCGUGGGCCUGCUAUAUGUUCCUCUGAGGAAGAGCUGAAUAAUAUGAUAUACAGCUACCAGUAUAGGAUUCAACAUGAAAGCAUUCCUUUAACUGAGGAGAAGCAGCUUCUUAAAGAGAUCAGGCUGCUUGAAGGGACAAGAGACAAGGUCAUUGCUAAUGAGGCUCUGAGAGCUAAGAUCAAAGAAUCUAUGGGUCAGAAAGAUGAUAUCCAAGGUCAAGUUAAGUUAAUGGGUGCUGGCUUGGAUGGAGUGAAGAAGGAGAGGCAAGCCAUUUCAGCAAGGAUUAAUCAGCUGAGUGAGAAAGUGAAAGCAGCUAAAGAUGAGAUUCAGGUGCUGGAGACUGAGCUGAAGACUGUGACUGAAAAGAGAGACAAAGCUUAUUCAAACAUUCGUGAGCUUAGGAAGCAAAGAGAUGAAACGAACUCUGGAUUCUACAAUGGCCGUAAUGUGUUGAACAAAGCUAGAGAUUUGGCUGCACAAAAGAACAUAGAGGAGCUUGAGGCGCUCUCCAAUGCAGAGGUUGAGAAAUUCAUCUCCCUCUGGUGCAGUAAGAAGAAUUUCAGAGAAGAUUACGAGAAGAGACUCUUGCCAUCACUUGAUGCUAGGCAGCUGAGCCGAGAUGGACGGAUGAGGAACCCUGAAGAGAAGCCUCUGAUUGCUCCAGAGGCAUCACAAGCAAAGGCUGCUGCGCCUUCUCAAACCGAGGUUGCUCCUAAAGCUAAGGCAAAGCAGCAGCCAAAGGAGGAACCAGUUGCUGCACCUAAACCAGAUGCUGCUGCUCAGAAGACUGAGAAGAAGGCUAAAGAGGCAGUGAAAGUAAAGAACGUUGCUGUUGCUGAUGAGGAUGAGGAUGAUGAAGUGUAUGGUCUUGGAAAGCCCCAGGAGGAGAAGAAGGUAGAUGAAGCGGCGUUGAGAGAGAUGAGAAAGCAAGAGGAGAUUGCUAAAGCCAAGCAAGCCAUGGAAAGGAAAAAGAAGCAGGCAGAGAAAGCUGCUGCUAAAGCUGCUAAAAGAGCUCAAAUGGAAGCUGAGAAGAAAGAGAAAAAGGAGCGAGAGAAGAAGGCCAAGAAGAAUGGAGGCGAGGCGGUCUCUGAGGAAGUUCCUGAAGCUUCUGAGGCUGAGAAGGAGGAGAUUGAAGCACCAGUGGAGGAGAAACCACUGAAGGAGAAAGUGUUAAAGGAGAAACCAGUAAGGAACAGGAUCCGCACUAGAGGAGGACCAGAGACGCUCCCAAGAGCAAUCCUCAAGCGUAAGAAGGCGACUAACUACUGGAUUUAUGCUGCUCCAGCUGUUGUUGUGGUACUGAUGCUUCUUGUCUUGGGUUACUACUACGUUCUCUAG